AUGGCGGACAGGCGGUGCUAUGCGCAGUUCGUCCUGGACCUGUGCACCUCCGGCCUCAUCAGAGUCGGGGCCAAGGGCAGUGCCACGGUGGGCGCGUUCUGGAAGAACGGGCGGCAGCGCCUCCGGCUCAUCUUCGACGCGCGUCGAGUCAAUGCACGAUUUCAUGAUCCUGAUCACUCUCAGCUGCCUACUGCAGCCGCCUGGGCCGCCCUGCGCAAGGAGCCCGCAGCUUCGCUGAACAUGGCCCAGGCCGACGUUGACAAUGCCUUCUAUAGAGUGAAGCUCCCAGAUAAGGUGGGCGAUCGCUUCUCGCUGCCGAGCGUGCAUCUGGACACGCUCCGCCAGCUGGCUGAGGCGGCAGGGAUCAGCAUCGACCUCCCCGAAGCUCGCUUCGGCUCGCCCCUCCUGCAGGCGCUGCCGAUGGGGUGGUCAUGGAGCCUCCACUUCUGCCAGGGGCUGCUCGAGACCACCGCGUUGCGGGCGGAGAUCGACACCGGGCCGCUGAUCAAGGACCGGCACGCUCCGCUCCAGGUGCGCACCAGCUCGACCAAGCCGGGCGUGUACGUCGACGACGUCUGCAUCGUCGGCGGCGACGGCGACCGCUACGUGGCCGACGGCAGAGCGGUCGUAGACAGGCUGGAGAUGGUCGGCCUGAAGUUCAAGGGCGUCAUGGAGCCCGAGGACCUGCAGACCUUCACCGGCAUCGCUUUCGAGAGGCGCAUCGGCCGCGUCGGGAUCAGCCGGGCUCGGACGUGGAAGGCGGCCGCUUCUCAGCAUCUUUCAACAGACUUGCGUUUCGCCUGGGUCGCCGGGCGCCGCCGGCUGCGGCUGUGGGGCCGCGUGGAGCUCGAGCUGCAGCGGGCGGCCGCGCUGCUGGUCUUCGCCUUCUCCGACUCGAAGAAGCCCAACAACGCCUUCGCCUGCGCUUCGGGCGCCUCCAGGGGGCAAUCCGGCUCCGCAGGGGGCUACGGCGUGGUGGGCCAGACAUGGGCCAACGAGCUUGUGGAGCGCACCGCGGCGUCGGCCGAGGCGUGGCGGCGCUCGGUGCUGGGCGCCAUCGGGGCCAGGGAGCGCGCGCUGGGCAUCGGCCCGGUCGAGGGGGCCAUGGCAAGGUACCUUGGCCGGCACCGCGCGCGCGCCGGCCCCGCCGGCUUCGAGGGCGUCGGGAGGGCCGCGAUCGGAGAGCUCAACGAUUGGGGGGUCCUCUUCCACGGUGUGUUUCAGCGUGUCGAGGACGUCGCAGUCCUGGAGGGCCGGGCAGCGGUAAUGGCCGCGCGCCACGCGGUGCGAGGGCGCAGCGGGCGCGGCCAUCGGCAUCUCAUACUGGUCGACAACCUCGGGCUCGCCCUCGCGGUUGGAAAAGGGCGUUCCCCAUCUAUCACCCUCAAUCACGUCAUGCAGCAGCGGCGCGCCAUAUCGAUCGUCGCCAGCACCACCUUCAUUCUCAGAUGGACCUCCUCGGAGUGGAACCCUGCCGACAAGCCAUCUAGGCUCAGGCGCCACUGCCGCGGCGAAUCGGUCUCGGAGCCGGGGCCCACGUGCCAUAGCCAUCCUGGCGCGGCCGGCCUCGGGGACUCGCUCCUUGAUGACCCCUGCCCGCUCGGCGGCCGCGCGGGCCUCCUCAGCGGGCCGGGCGCCAGCGGGGUGGACUCCGACAGCUCCUCGACUUCGAGUUCCGAGGUCCUCGACAGUGACCAGAGCGAGGGCGCCGCCACCGAGGGCAGAGGGCUCACGGUGCUAAAGAGCCUGAAGGUCGGCAGCGCGUCCCGGGCCUACUUCGAGAAGGAGUACCUGGACUUUGUGACGUUGGCCCGCGCCUGGGGACUCUCGACGCUCGGGGGCGACAAGGCCUUCGCAGCGCUGAAGCACUACAACCCGGGCCUGGGCCUGACUGCGGCGGCGGCGCUGGAGCGGACCUUCGCCGGGCUGCGGGACUUCCGCAAGCUUGCGAAGGGCUCGACGCGGGCACCCAUGGCGAGGGAGCUGCUGUUCGCGGCCGUGGGCGUCGCCCUGCGCCGGGGCUGGCGGAGCUUCGCCAUCGCCUGGGCCCUGAGCUGGGACACGAUGGUCCGUUUGCCAAGCGAGCUCGUGCAGAUGGCGUGCGCGACCCUGGUGGGCGUCGUCUCGUCGGACGCAAUGUCCCAUGCCCUCGGGCCCGACCUGGCGAGGCUGCGGCGUGCACGACGGGGCCGCCAGCCGCUCUGGGACUUCAACGCGACGGCCUUCAACGCCAAGUUCAGGGGCGUGUUCGACCAGCUGGGCCACCUGGACUGCCACCCAUACCAGGUGCGCCACGGCGGGGCGUCGUCCCGGGCUGCUGUGCUGGGCGAGAAGCUGGCGGACAUCCAGGCCAUGUUACGGCACCAGCCGGACAACUCGACGAAGCGGCACGCCCGGCACGUCAGGCACUUCGCGGAGGUGGGCAAGCUCAGCGCCGAGGUGACCCAGUUCGGCCGGGAGGUGGGCGCCAACCUAGCCGACCUGCUGCUGGCCCGGGUGCCGCUGCCGCCGCUGCCGCAGGCCCUGACCGACGCUGCGGUGUGGCGCCACUGGCGCGCGGCGCUGCGGGCAGCCCUGGCCAGCUCCUGGAAGCAGCAGGUGCACCUGGAUCUCCUUAGCGGCACCGGCAAAAUCGCGAGCUGGUUGGAGCGGAAAUCUGACUACGCCGUCCUGCGGAUCGACGUGGCCGCUCACCCCGCCUUCGAUCUCCCGCGUCGCGCGUGCGGUGCCAUCGUGAGAGCACCUGGUCUCAAGUCUCGCGACAUUUUUAUCGCUCGCCUCACGCUCUGGACGGUCUGCCUGGUCUUUCAGGCAAAGCUGCUGCUAGGCUUCGGAUAG